AUGUCCUACUGUCUGCUCUCCUACAGAUUUGAGCCUGGGUGUUUGUCUGCUUGGAUUGUGUUUGUCCAGGGUGUAUACGCAGUAAGCAACUUCAAGCCAAGUGAAGAUCGCUCCAGAAGUCAACUGAAUCCUCCCAUUCUUAGAGAGCGACCCCUCUCUUCCCUCCCCAAUGUCAGCCAAUCAGCAACCAGCAACAGCCACCAAGUCCACCACACCCUGGCCCCCAGCCCACCAAAGCCCAUCAUUACAAGGACCUCCUCCCACACUUUGGCCCCUGACCAUCCAGUACCCAUCCUAACUCGCAGCUCCUCCUAUCGGGAGCCAUCUAUGAGCAAUCUGAAGAGAGCCAGUGCUGAUGUGGAGGUGAUCACUCAGUCAAGUCCACCUGGAAACCGUGACAACAUGAUGACCUUCAGUAGCAGCACACUGCCAAGGUCCCAUGGAGGCUCCUCUGUGGAGGAAGGCCGUAUCCCACGACGACAUGCCUCCAUCCACACCUCCAUGGACUCCACCAGAUCCAAGCAGCUGCUCAGCCAAUGGAAGAACAAGAAUGAUAACAGGAAGCUGUCGAUGCAGGUGAUGGAUGGAAUAAGGCCGCUCCCUUCCUCUUCUCCCCAGAGGAACACGGAGUUCCGUUGCUCCUCUGAGCCGUGUGCAAUGGGCCUGGAGGCGGAGCUCCGGGCUGGAGCCCACAUACCUUCGUCUUCAGGCCAGGAAGUGGAGAUGCGUGCUGGGGCCCACAUCCCGGCGCAGUACAUGAAAUUAGCAGCAAGCUCUGUCCCUAUUAGCAAUCAUAAUCACCUGGCACAUAAUGGCAGCACUGGAAUGGCCGGUGGGGCCAGAGUCUCCAUGCAGCCUCGUCCUGGAUCCUCCCAACUGGUUCACAUUCCCGAGGAGGAAAAUCCUAACAGCAAGGAUCAGGAGAGUGAAUCAGAAGACAGCAUGAUGGACGGCGGAGGGUCAGUGAGAGAAAAAUGGCUGAGAGUUGCUGAGAAGACCACCCUUCCUUGCAGACCCCUGAGUGCUGGAGGACAGCCUCGUCUAAUGCAGGUCAUAGCCUUGUCCAAACAGCAAGGUCUCCUUCACUCUCCUCGUUCUGAAGAUGGUGGAUCUAUUCGGUACAGAGCACUGACAGACCAAGAUCCCUCUCCUCCGGCCUCUACCACUGGGGCAAUAGGAGUUGGAGGAGGUGGUUUGGAAAGAAGUGGCAGCAUAAUUCGUGUUGAAGCUCAUCCUGAAUCCAGACAAAAGCCUGUGGUGAAACCUCCAAGCACAGAUGGCAGUGGAUCAUGGCGAUGGAAACCGCCGGAACAAAGAGCGUCCCUGCGACAGUCAACGUUUGCCCUGAAUGACCUAAACAGACACACAGACAGCUGCGAUUCUCUGAGAGAUGGAGGUUCAGUGGAUGGAAGGAGGAGUGUGACAGGGACUGAAUCAGAGAGUGAUGGUGGGGGGGACGUAGGAGGUGUAGGAGGAGGAGGUGCAUACGCCAAUCAUCCACGUGUGAUGCAUCCCUUACACCCCUUGCACCAAAAUAACCCUAACAAUUACCAGCAUCACAAUUUUAACCCAAACAAUCCCAAUAAUCCAAACUUUAACAAUGUUCAUCCAAAUUUUAACCCCAACUCCAACAUGUCUUUUCCUUCUACUGUCACCUUUGCUCCUCCCUUCCACCCUCACUCCCAAGCAGUCACCACUAUCAGGGUGACCCCGGUGGAGACGACAGCUGCUAGCAGUGACGGAGGUUCAGACAGCCAGUCCGUGGCCUCGUCCAGCCGGGAGUCCACCCUUCGAAGAAAGGGCAGCACUAAUGUUGUUCAUGUCCAAGACCGAGGGCCCACCCCAGAUCUCCAUAACAACCACCGCCCCAGUGAUGACAGCAACCGCCUUGACAAUGAGAGCAGCAACCGUUUCCAUGAAAACCUUCGAAAUUUUCAAGAAAAUCCAAUCCAGCCUAAUUUCCCCAACAGGCAGAUGCAGGUUGUGUUUGGUCGUCCAAGUCCGACUCCUCCCCCUACUCUGCCCCGCCCCCUCCUGAGUCACACUCCACCUCCUACUCUGGGGCUGGCCUAUAAAGAAUGAGUCAUCCAUCUGUACCUGUGUUUAAAACAAUGUGACCAGUUUGAGACUACUGUUGGGACCAAAACUUGUAAGAGUGUGGAAUCAUAUCUAUCCACUGUCCAGGAUCAAGACUGGGAAUGUUUCCCUCUCCCACAACAGUGAGUAUUCAACCAGUUUCAACCAACUCUGUCAUUUGUGAAUUUUAUAACCUGGGCUCUAUGUGUAAGAGUUUGAGCCCAUUUUUCAUUGUGUUAUUAUUAUUUAACUUUAUAUUUAAAUUAACGCCUGUUGGAGAGACUGGAUAACUUUUGCCAAACAGUGACUUCAUAGACACAAUGGGCUGAACAAACUGAGUGAUGCUAGUGUAUGAGGGAACCCAGAUCUCCAUCCUCUGUCCUCCUUUUACACCUGUGAGUUUGACGCUUGUUGGAUUCACAAACUAUCAUUUACAUAUUUAUCAGCUUUUAUACUUUUACUAAACAAACCAACAACUUGUGAACAUUACAGAGUGAGCAUAUGAUCUACAUCCACCCCUGUGAUGUUUUUGUGUGUGAAUCUGCAGCCUGAAUGAAUCAAACCCCCGAUCUUCAGUGUGAGUGGGCCUCAGUCCUGAGUGCAGUCAGAGCAGUAACAGUAUCUUAUAGGUGACUGUGGUAUUGUGUUUGUGGUGGCAGAGAUCAAUAAGUUACAUAUUGUGUUAAAUAUAUAGUAUAACAUGCUGUCUUUUUUCUUUUAGAUGCAACAUUUUAAUUUUGUGCAGUAUGAUUUGCUGCUGAUCUUAGUGUUGGUGCUUUGACAUGUGGAGUGUGAAUGAUCUAAAGCCCCCGAGACGACAACAAGGCCAAAGACUAAACAAAGACGAAGAGAUGCAGAAAAAUUCAUUUAUUGUAAAAACCUACAUAUAGUUUAGGGCACAUAGUAUUAUGGGAAAUGUAAUUUUUUUUAUUUAUAAUUAUAUAAUUUUUCAAUAUGAUUUUAAAACUAAUAAUCCAUAACACAUCAGAAUCCCUGUUCAAAAUUAUCAUUAAACAGUAACAAUUUCUUUACAUGUCUAUAAUUUUGGAUCCAUAACAAACCAUGUUUCUCUGUUUAUAGCACCAAAAUGAAUAAGACAGUUUAUCGUUAAUAUAAAAGUCAACUUUUUAAUUGUUUUUAGUUAAUUUUACACACCUAAACCUUUUAUGUUAUAUCAACAUCAUUAGAAUUGAUAUUAAUAAUUACUAGGUAGUUGUACAUGUAUUAAUGCCAAAAAUGUUCAGUAUGGCUCUGUUGGUUCUCUAUUCACUAGGGCUGCAUAAUAUAUCACAAAUGUAUUGUCAUCAAAAUAUCAGUGUGCUCAAUAUUCAUAUCACAAAGAAUUGCUUGGACAGCAGUAAUUGUUGGGUAAUAUAUUUUACAAGUUGUAUUUUUCAUGUUAAUGCAAUAUUUUGCCAGUAGGACAAAGUCUGGACAGCAAAACCUCAAACCAGACAAAGAGAUCACAGAGUAACCACAGAUUAGAAAGAGAGGAAAGAAGAAAACAUCCACCUGAUAUCAUCACCACAAUAUUUACCAAAAUUAAAAUGAUUGCCAUCAGAAGAUUUUAUAAUAUUGUGCAGCCCUUCUACUCACUUGUACCAAACCUACCUAGUCUUGUUUAAAACCUGAAGAACAUUUCUAAGUGGAACCAAAAUGUGGAACUCUGUUUCUACAGAACUCAUUAACGGAAACACGAGAAACGAUGACCAGACCAGAACAACAGUCUGCUGCAGACCGUUAUGGUUUAUGACAAAUGCUUCAAGCUUUAUGUUGCCAUCAUUCAACAGUGAGACAUUAUGUAGCUGGUUCUACAUCUAUCAUAUCCUUUCAUCCUU